CGCUGGGCUUCCCACUGAGGGGCACCGUCGCGGAAUGGUGCUCGCUUGGUCUAUUUAUAUUACGUCUAUGGCAGCAGAGGCUUGUAUUAGCGUGCUUUUCAUCAGUUCGAUAUGGUUUGGUGCAACGGUGUGGUUGUGGUGAACGGCGAACGGCAAAAGUGAAGGAGACGUAGCGAGGCUAAUGCGGGUGUCGUAUCACUUUUCGACGGUGUUGCGUCUAGAUAGUCCGAUUACGUGCCUAUAAUGGUAUACCCUCCGGAGCAUAACUUUCAGCGCAGCUCGGACACGAAGCAGUCGGGAGGGAAUUCUGCUCCGAGUGAUCGGUGCUACUAUUUAUGCCUCUUUCUGUCAGUGUUGGGAGAUCGCCGAAUAUAAUAUGCACAGACGAAAGGGUGGAUAGUUUCUUACAGCACGCAAAGCCGCCGCGCUGUCGAGAUCCCUACUCAUCUAUGCGAGUCUGAUCGCACCUGAAAUCCGGCUAUUAUUUCAGCCGUGUUAUUAACCGUCAACCUAUUAAAAAAUAUUUUAAUGAUGUUAAUAAUUAUACGCGGUGGGAAGAGGAAAAGUUAGAAAUAAAAAAACAACGGGCUGAACCUGAAUGAAAAAGAAGGAGCGACGAUGGGUCACAUGAAAGAAAACUGCAAGAUAACGACGUGGCGAUUGUGGAAAAUGAGAUUUUUGGGCCAACCGGCCUGAGAUAUGCCAGCGAUAACAAUACCUGAGAAAUCUUCAAGAACAUCUUCACCCCUGUUGUCAGCUGAAAUAGCGGAGCUGCAUCAAUCGUCAUCAUCGUCACCGCUGUCGUCGUCGUUGUCCUGGGGCUGCCAGGUCUACGCGACACGACGCAAUCUCUUCGUACCAUUGAUCGUCGAUUCUCGUCCAAGUAAGGCGGUGCACUGUCCAAAUUUGAACGCCUGCCUGGUGAACGAAUCGCGUUCAGAAUAUGUUCGAGUGAACUGUCAAACGAUCCACUUCGGUUACGCGAUUCCAAUUAACAUCGUGCCAAUUCGAGAGAAUCCCGAGUUAGUCGAACUGGUGCUGGAUCAGUCCGUCGAGUUGAGCAGUCGAGUGGUGAAUUUCUUGCUCGACCAUCAUCCGCAAUUGCGUCAACAAAAGCAGCGUUUCUAUGAUAUGGCUGCCACGGCCAAGCAUGACCUACGUCGAAAGUUUCCCGCGGACACGUCCGCUUCCGGCGAGGAAGAUAUCGCCGCGAUCGCCAAGCAGAUCAGCGAUCAUGCAGAGGCGAUUUAUCAGACGUGGAAGAGCCGCGGAUUGGCACCAACGGAGAUAUUAACUUGCCACAGCAAUACAACUGCUGCUGACAAAUUUGGCAGCGCAUUGACACCCUGCAAUUCGCCCGCUCUCGGGAAUGCCGUGACUGGAAAUAAUAUCGGCGGCAGGACGUCGCCGUCGCCAUCACUCGAACAUUCGUCCCCGACAACGGUAGACAUAUUGACGCAAACGCCGAAUCUGGACAAUGGUAAUCUCGAGAAACUAGUCAACAAUUUUGUAGUAGAGGACAAAGCUAGAAUAGCUGCUUCUAAACAGAGAUCACCGUCUAAGCCGUUACCGUCUUCCAUACAAUUUGCCCUGCAGAAAUUUGAAAGGAACUCCGCGCAGCAGCAACAGCAGCAGCAGACGGCUGCCACGAAAAAUAAUAUAAUUGCCGAUAACUCGAAGAAAUUGACGAGUGUCUUACUGUCUCCUACCUCAUCGUUUUUGAAUAAACCGUCGCAAAUAGUGAAACCUCAGGUUCCUGCGAAGACGCCCGGCUCUCAUCACUGCGAGGUCUUCCUGGAGACUAUCGAAACCACUUUCCCAGUCGAUUUGACACCUUCCAACAGAGCGAUACAGCAAAAGAGGCCCACUAGUACAUUAAUCGCAUCGCCAUCGCCCACUGACACCUCGUUGAACUCAUCGCCCAGUUCAGGUUUGACAACUUGGCCAUUGAAAAAUAAAUUAAACGACGCCAAAAGAAAUGCGGACGUACCUCGCACGUCAGCUAAAGCGCCUCAGCAAGAGGAUAUUACGAAAAUAUUGCCGGCGCAGGAUGAGAAGAGAUCGGUCAUGGCGGGAAUGAACUCGCGGUGCGCGUACCUCGACGAGGUCGCGCGGGAGGAAGAAAGACUGAUAAACGCGCUGAAAACAGGUGCCGUAAUCACUGAGGAGCCAGAGAGGACAAUAGCGUGUUUGCGCACGAGACAGAAACCGGCUAUUAAGCAAGAAAAACCAAAGGUUGAACCGGUCAAGCAAAUUAUCAUCGGAGGACACAACUACCAUGGGAAUAACUCGACGGUAUCUAGCUCGGGGGCUUCCAGUUCUACGGCAGAUAUAUCCAAUAUUGGCAAUGCAGCCACUGCCGCCACUGUGUCUACUGAUCAUGCUGCAUUAGCCAACGACGCGAAAUCACUCACCAAGGACGAUCUGUCCGCUAUGUCAGCGAUUGACUAUGCCAAGGUCAGAUACCAGGCCGCUCAACAAAAUCCACCUACCCAGCAGCGACUCGAGGAGCAACGAGCCUCCAACAAUCCGUACAACAAUUCCACCACGGAGCAAUUGGUCUCCAACGCGAGAACCAAAUUUGAAAUGGAGAUACGAAAGGAUAAGGAUAUUAAGAGCACAGACAAAGACCCAGUGACCUCGAGAUGGGGACCAAGAAUCACUUCUCCACGACCGCGUUUAGAGCAGGCUGUGCCCCAUCCGGAAUUGACUAGUCAACAGAAGCAGCAUAUAAGGACAGCCGUGGCGACAGGAACAGGCAACAAUCCCGUCCGGCCGUUCCUCACCAGAGGUUCCGUAGCCGAGCGUGUGCUUAUCUUCGAGAAAUGCCCGAGCGAGCUGCUUUUAGACAAACGAGGCCCACGACAACCGGCCAUUAAUACAUGGAGAGGUGGCCACGAAGUGCAAAAUAAGGCGCAGACUUACUCGAAAGAGAAGACUCAACAAAAAAGUUUGCCACCACACACAACUUUGCAAAGGCAGGUGAAAGGCAAUAGAAAUGUUCAUAUACCGAGAUUUUAUUUUCCAGGAGGGAAGCCACUCCCUCUCUCACAAGUAGAGACGAUUGUCUCAAAAAUUACUACGGCCUUUCAAAGUUUACCGAAUUGUCGUGCUUCUCGCGCACAAUUUCACACCAUCACAAAGGCUUGCGACUUACCCUUGUAUUGGAAAAUACCACUCUUUCUGGCAGCAGGCGGUGAGCAAAAAGGAUUUGUCGAGAUGAAUGUCUUUCUUGAAUUUUGGAAAGAAUUAACAGCUACCCAUCACGAUGCAGCUAGUAAAUUUAUCAAUAUUAUCACUCGGGGACAUAGAAACAGUAUACUUCCGGAAGACUUGAUCCCUCUUGUACAAGACGUAGUAGAAACGCAUCCAGGACUGACAUUUUUAAAAGAAGCUACGGAAUUUCAUUCUCGUUAUGUACACACGGUGAUUGCUAGGAUAUUUUAUUGCGUGAAUCGAAGUUGGAGCGGUAAAAUUUCAAUUGCCGAAUUAAGACGAAGCAAUCUGUUGGCGGUGAUCGCCGUGCUUGAGCACGAGGAGGAUAUUAAUCAGGUUACAGCAUACUUCAGUUAUGAACACUUUUAUGUGAUAUAUUGCAAAUUCUGGGAGUUGGAUCGCGAUCAUGAUCUCUUCAUAGACAAAACAGAUCUAACGAGACACAAUGAUCAUGCUUUAUCUACUCGAAUGAUCGAAAGGAUAUUUAGUGGUGCUGUGACAAGAGGUGGUAGAGCAAAAAAUAGUAACAAUGCACAACAACCAGAGGACAAGAUGAGUUACACGGAGUUUGUAUGGUUCCUUCUUAGUGAGGAAGACAAGAAUCAUUCAACUGCCAUUGAAUAUUGGUUUAGAUGUAUGGAUCUCGAUGGCGAUGGUUACUUGUCGAUGUACGAAUUGGAAUACUUCUAUGAAGAGCAAUUACGUCGAAUGGAAGCGAUUGGCCUGGAGACCUUGCCUUUUGAAGAUUGUCUUUGUCAGAUGUUGGAUAUGAUUCAUCCGGUGAUACCAGGCAAGAUAUCGUUGACCGACUUGAAAAACUGCAAAAUGACAUCCAUCUUUUUUGAUACCUUUUUCAAUCUGGAAAAGUAUCUGGAUCACGAACAGAGGGAUCCUUUUGCCUCAACGAGGGAUCACGAUGCUGACGGUCACGAGCUCUCGGAUUGGGACCGAUUUGCCGCAGAAGAAUACGAAUUGUUGGUUGCUGAAGAAAGUGGCAAUGAUCAACAAGAACAAAUGUUGCAUAAUGUUGCAUCAUGGAAAUUAUCGCCAAGUGUGGACAUUUUAAUUGACAACUCGAUGGAUAUAGCCAGUGAUGCAAAUUCAUUAAUGAAUUCAUUGGAUAUUCAUAUGCAACAAUCGAGACAUGAUGAUAGCGGCGAUACUGAUACUGACGAUUAUGCUGACAGCGAUAAUUAGUUUAUUGACAAAUACAUUCGAU